CAAAGAUGGUGGAGCGCGUUCAGUUGUUUUUGCAAUAAUUUGCUUUAACUUCUUAACGGUUUGACCGAUUUUAACAAUUUUGGUAUCGUUGAAAAGAGCAUUCCUUGGACAAUAAGAAUCAACCAAAAUAUAGUUGAUUUAGUUGAAUCCUUUUCCGCCUGGGGGCUAGCUUUGACACCAUCACCCAAAAUCCUAAAAAAAUCAAAAAAAUCAAAUGGAAUGAUAUGACUUUUUCUUUAUGAAAAAAUAGCCAAAUAACAUCCAAAGAGGCCAGUGAAAACCGUUUGUCAAAAUGUCUUUCCUAACCGCAAAUAUUGGGAAAAUAAGGAAAAAAAACGCAUCCCGAAUUAUAGGUAGGCCUUGGAAAAUGAAACAAAUGAAACAUGAUGCAUUAUAAAAUAAUAACAGCUGUCAUUUGCUGUGUUGUUGUCAUUGUUAUUGUCAUUAUUCUGCUGUGUUACAUUCAGAAAGUGUAGUUAUCUGAAUUUUGAAUCUUUUCUGCGAUGCCGAUUUCUAACCAAGAAGCAUUUAAUAUGCUGGCGAUAUAUUUUGAGUGUUUGCAAAAUGCGACCAUCGCUGCCCGCGCCUUCUAUUUGCGCUAUCCGAAUCGACCACGAUACCAUCGCCGCGUGUUUGUGCGUUUGGCCCAGCGCCUGUUAACAACAGGUAGCAUCCAUAGACCUGCCAUGAUUAGAAAUAGGCAAAAUAACGAACAAAAUGUAGUUAAUGUCCUGGCAUCUGUAGAAAUCAAUCCCCAAAUUAGUACUAGAGAGAUUUCUCGAGACUUGGGUAUUCCUCAAAGUACGGUUCACCGCAUUCUUCGAACCCAUAGGCUACAUCCCUACCAUAUCAACUUACACCAAGCCCUUUCUCCUCCGGAUUUCGACCAAAGACUAGAUUUUUGCCACUGGCUAUUAAGCAUGAUAGCAGAAAAUCCUCAAUUUCUUUCAACUGUGUUGUGGACUGACGAAGCCACCUUCAAUAGCAAUGGGCACUUAAACUUACAUAAUAUGCACUUUUGGGCCCGAAAUAAUCCGCGCUGGCUUGGACAAGUUCAGCAUCAAGGGAGAUAUAGUGUAAAUGUUUGGUGUGGGAUAAUUGGAGGGCGGGUUGUUGGUCCAUAUAUUUUGGACGGCGCAUUAAAUGGUCUAACAUACCUACAGUUCUUAGAAAAUGUUCUUCCAAUUUUAAUGGAAGAUAUUGCGCUGAACGUCCGCCAAAAUAUGUUUUUCCAGCAUGAUGGUUGCCCCGCUUAUUAUGCUCUUGCUGUUCGCCAGUAUUUAGAUGCCACCUUCCCUGACCGUUGGAUCGGAAGAGGAAGCCUAUUCCCUUGGGCGCCAAGGCAAGUAUUUAACACAAGAAUCUUUAGACGUUGCCUAUUUGGAAUGAUUCUGUUUAUAAUUGCACACGUAUUAAAACUUAAUGAAUAUUUCUAGGUCUCCCGAUUUAACCUGCCUUGAUUUUUAUCUCUGGGGAAGGAUUAAGGAUAUAGUCUAUGCAACAAGGCCAACUUCCCGCGAGGAUAUGAUUGCAAGAAUUAGGAAUGCCAUCUUAAAUAUCCCAAUAGCUGAAAUUGAAACUGCUGUUUCUUCAACUCAUCAGCGUCUUCAGAUGUGCGUCCAAAAUGACGGAGGCCAUUUUGAACACCUGGGUCGCCAUUAGAUCACUUUCUUGUUCCUUUCAUGUUUCAUUUGUUUCAUUUUCCAAGGUCUACCUAUAAUAUUAAAGUGACUUAUUACGUUCGGGAUGCGUUUUUUUUCCUUAUUUUCCCAAUAUUUGUGGUUAGGAAAGACAUUUUGACAAACGGUUUUCACUGGCCUCUUUGGAUGUUAUUUGGCUACUUUUUCAUAAAGAAAAAGUCAUAUCAUUCCAUUUGAUUUUUUUGAUUUUUUUAGGAUUUUGGGUGAUGGUGUCAAAGCUAGCCCCCAGGCGGAAAAGGAUUCAACUAAAUCAACUAUAUUUUGGUUGAUUCUUAUUGCCCAAGGAAUGCUCUUUUCAACGAUACCAAAUUUGUUAAAAUCGGUCAAACCGUUAAGAAGUUAAAGCAAGUUAUUGCAAAAACAACUGAACGCGCUCCACCAUCUUUGUUUUUGAAAUGGCUGAUUUUUUUAUUUUACGAAAAUCAUAGAUAACCUGGUUCUCUUUAAAAAUGUAAAAAAAAAAAUUUGGUUGUUAUGCGAAAUUUAAAGAAAAAUGCAAUUUUAAAAUUUAAGAUGGCAAUUACGCCCUCUGGUGGUAAUUUUUAGAACUUGAAAAUAUUUUCCAACGAUUUUUCAUGACCGAUUUACCCAAUAAUUUUUUUUUUUAAAUUUUUUUUACGAACAGUUCCCGAGAUAUGGCCGAGGAACAGUCUUAUUGGGUCACCCUGUACAUUAACGAUCUCGUUCAUUUAAAUAUCCUGGCUGAAAUUAUUCUCUUUGCGGAUGACACAUCUGUCGUAUAGCACCACAAAAUCUCAAACACUCUUGAAAAAUAAUCUCGGAAGACCUCACAAAAAUUAAAAGAUGGUGUGAUGCAAACCGUCUUGUUUUUAUUGUUGCCAAAUCAAAUAUACCAAGUUUUAAAUACGAUAUAAAAAAUAAAAAACUUGGCGAUAAUCCCCUUGAAAAUAAAACUGUAUCAAAAUUUUUAGGAGUUCACACUAACAGCCAACUGCGUUUUGAAGUUUAUAUCUCUAAAUUAAGCAAAAAACUUUCUUCAGGAUGCUUUGCAGUUAGGUGUGUUAGGUUGGAAUUGGGAGUUGAAAUGGCUAGGACAAUCUAUUUUUCUCUUUUUGAAUCCCAUCUCAGGUAUGGCAUCGCUUUUUGGGGUUUAGCUAGCCAAUAUUUAUUAAAAAUACCUUUUACACUUCAAAAAAGCAGUUUUCAUGACAAAUGUUCACCAGAGAAAGUCCUGUAGACCGCAUUUUAAAACACUCCGAAUUUUGACUCUCGCUUCGGUAUACACACUUGAGACAGCUAGUCUUGUUUAUAAACACUGCAAUCAGAAAAUAAAUAACAGAGCCAACCUUCCAACCAGACAAGAAUUUACUGUUCCCUUACCGAUUCCGAAAAGUACUCUAACUCACAAAUCAUUUAUAUAUAAGGGAAUAUUUUCUAAUCAUCUUUCUGAGAAUAUUAGACUGUCAGGUAUUUUAGAGGAAAAUUUAAAACUCUUUUAUUGGAGGAGUCUUUAUAUACCAUGGGAGAGUUUUUUGAAUAUAUAUACUAAGUGUUCAUUUGAAAACUUCCCACCACAGAUUUAUCGAAAACCACUGUUUAAAAAAAAAAACGCCGAAAUACGUCAAAAGGUUUGUUAAGGGGGACAACUUUCUAACCUAAGAUUACUUCACCCCCUUUCACCCAUUGCCCCCCAGGAUCAUCCCCUUAAAAAUUUUAAAUGGCAAGGAGUAUUAGCUUGUUUAAAGUAAUAGCUUGUUUAAAAGGUCUUUCGAAGUCUUUUAUUUGGACGUUUGAUUUUUUUUUUUAAAUCUGUCUAUUGGUUUUCGAGAAAAUUAGAAAAAUCUUUGUUAAUCUUAAUUUGUUUAGAUAGAAAACAAAAACAUGAAAAUAUCAGUUUUUAUUUCAAUAAGUGUUCAAAAUGUUGCCCAUUUUUGGCCAAACAAUGAUAUAGGCGUCGUUCAAAUUCCUGACGGACAUUUUCAAAAACAUGUUGUGGGAUAUCAUGGCAGCUGUCGAUGAUGCAUUGACGAAGUUCAUCCAAACUUCCAGGUUGGGGAGUAAACUCUUCUACAAAUGCAUCAGGAUUUUCAUUGCUCCAAUAUCUACAGUUAUGUUUCUUAACAAAUCCAUUUAGAUACAAUGUGCAUUCAUCGCUGAAGCAGAUAUUCUUUACUUGAAUAGUAUUAUCAUUAAUCGCUUCAGUAAUUUUUUUCACAAAGCUCAACUCGCCUAUCGAAAUCGUCUUCGGUUAACUCUUGCAAUAUUUUCAUUUUGAAUGGAUGAAAUUUAUGAAGUUUGGUAGCUGUGUGAACAGAGCCUAAUGAAAUAUCAGUGGCAGCAACAAUUUUGCGUAAUAAAGUAUUAGGAUUUAUUCCAAAAUGACCCAAAAGUUCAACUUAAGCGGCUUCAUCGAAAAUUCAUGCCGAUGAUCACGUUUUUUAUUUGCAACAGAUCCAGUUUCAGUAAACUUAGUAACCAAGUCCAAAACAUACCUAUGCGAAGUUAUCUUCUCCGGAUGUCUGCCGUUAAACGUGACGGCAGUUUUCCGAGCACAUUGAUUUUGGGCACCAUAAAUUAGAAUAAUUUCCACUUUUUCGGCUAGUGUGUAAACCAUUUUGGAAGUAAAAUCUUUAAUUCAACAAAUAAAUUUUCACUAUAACAAGACUGUCACAAAUGUAACUGACGGCAAAAUAAAUUCUUUAUUUUCCUUAGCAACUAUAAAUAACUAAGCAGGUAUAACAAUAAAUACAGUUCGCCCAGGAUGUCUGUAGUUUUAUAGUUUUUUCCACGUCUAAUCUUCGGAAUUGCUGUUUAUGUUGGUAGUGUCCGUUUUAAAUUAUAAACGAAUUGUAUUAAAAUAAAAACAUGAACACCCUGUAUAUACCUACCUAAUUGAAAACCUAGUAAUUGUAUUUUAAGCAUAUGUUUAUACUUGUGUUCAUUUGUUUUUUCUUUUUUAAUUCAAAAAGUGUUAUUGCACUCUACCAGAUUUUAAU